AUGCAGUCCGCAGAGAAAAAACGAAUUGAGUUGGGUAUAUUCAAAACAAGAAAACCGAUUAAAGAAGAUGAAGAUCCGGAAAAAAUCGCUAAUGAUCCAACAAACAACGUUGUCAACAACGAUAUAACGCCGGGAAACAAAACAAACUCAUCAAAAUCGGAAACCAGAAAGCAAAGUCUAUUUAUGAGGAAGAAGAAAUCGAACGAAUGUUUCGCCGAGACACGUGUCGACAAAAAGAUGAUUUCAAAGGAGUCUGCACAGAAGACCAUACUACUCAAAACUGUUCAACCUCAUAUUGUGUUGGAAAAAGUCUCACUAUCGUUACAAGCUCCAGAAAAAGUGCAGACUUGCAGACCUCCCUCGGACCUAUCGGAUACCUCGACAGCCAAUUCAUCGUUUACUUGUGCUCAACUUGUUGAGAAGAAACUCCAAGAAAUUACUCACGAAGCUGAAAAUCUUGCCGCUGCGGCCAUCAAGAACUCAAGCGCUGACGAACAAGCAGCACAGACAAUUACACCGGAAGUUUCUUCAUCAACAGCAGGAUCAGACGGCUAUCGAACACCUGAACAACAAUUGAGAAUUGAGAUCGCAUCACCAGUGGUUAAAGCAAGCAAAUCGUUCUCGUCACCAAAAUCACAUCAUCCGGGAAAUUCUGAAUCCCAACGUUAUAUUUCACAAGUGCAAAGGGUCUCCGAUUUGAAAACUAUUGCCGAGGCCACACACAGAUUAUUUGACGAAACUAAAGAGAUGUCCAGAACGGUGUCAAUUAAUCCAGAAAAAAAUCGAGAAAGCCUAGCCGAUCGUCUUAGUAAAGGAAUACAUGAACUCACUCAAGGAUCUACAGAUCGGCUUCAACGUUGGAAAACAAAGCUGCAAGCUGGAGGACAUGGUCGACGACAAAAAGAUCAAAGUGAACCGCCACCAAUGAGAAGGCCACCAAUGCUUGUCGAUACGGAUACGUUGACGGAAUGGAGUGACAGAUAUCCACGUCCACUUCAUCCUUCACGAUCUGCUUCGAAUGCUUUGCAGAUUAAUCAGUUCACCGUUGGCCACAGUUUCGGAAAAGAAGUUAUGGAUCAUCGCACAUUGAAAACACGAGAAAAUAGCACAAGUCAAAAGGAUUUGUCAUUCCAUUAUCAACAUAUGAGCAGUCUGCAGAGUAUUAUGAAUACAUUGGAUGGAUACACCAAAGGAAAUUUCGACAAUCCACCACCACGAAUUAUGCCAUUCUCCGGUGUAAAACCAUCGCCAUCCGUAGGUCGCCAAAUCGUAUUCAUUCAUCGAUGCCAUCAACAAACUCCAACAAUCCAUCCGGAUAACCAGGACAUCACAUUUUUGGUCAAGUAUCGCAAGACUGACGGUAUUAUAAGACCGGUGGCGUUUCGACCAGUUCCAUCAAAUCAAAACGACGACCUAUCCACUCAUCAUACGAAUAUUACUCGUGUAGAACGACAAGUAAUUCGUGGGGACUCUUCGAAAUCGGCUUCAAAUGUGAACCAAAUGAUUAGCGCACAAUUGCAAAGGAGCAGAGCAAUGUUUCAACCGAGUACGAGCUUUACUUCGCAAAAACCCCAGGAAAACGAAUACGAUACGGUACCUGAUUACAUUGAAAAAGAAAAGUUUAGCGACUUUGGUUCUGACUACGGCUCCUAUCAUCAUAUCCAUCCACCAGGAAAAAUGACAUCAUCCUCAGUUUCUAAUGGUACACAUAGUUCUGGAAGUCAAUUUUCUAGCCCUCCUAGUACUAACAAGAAGGCGUACCCACCGUCAGGUCGUGUUUCUGCUCUCCAUGUUACUCCCUCACCUAGUGACUCGGGUAUUGUUGACUAUGAGACCUUAAUUCGUGAUAAAGAAAAUGAACUCAGAGUCGUCCGCAACACAAUGGAACAAAAUGAGGAAAUUAUUGUAAAAGUAUAUCAAGAAAAAGAAAGAGCAUGGAAAGAGGAGCUGGAACAUUUACGUUCUCGUCUAAGCGCUUCGGAAAAAGGUGAAAAUGCGUUACGAGCACAAUUGGCUGGAUGCCAAAAACAAACGGACAACAUGAGCAGGACAAUCGACGGUCUUCGUGACGAAAAAACAGGAUUGCUCAGAAAGUGUUUUCAAUUGGAACGUGAAUUAGCGCAAAUCAAAAUGGAAUUGGAUAAACCAAAGGAAUGUGAAGAAUGUAGGCAGCGUAAUGGAUGUGCUCCAGUACUUAGGCGAGCACAGGAAUGUGAUAAUUCCCUGCGUUCCGAAGUUGCUAGCCUACGUGAUGAAGUGGCAACACUUAAAGAAGCGCUCACCGCUCAAAUGCAGGUGUUUUCGGAUGAACGAAAAAAAUGGGAACGUGAGAAUCGAUCCGAUUCCAGCCAGGUGUCGAUUGGGAGGGAUAGACUCAUCUGA